GGACGGUUGACGGUUGACAGCGGGAGCCGGGGGGGCCUUGGGGGCCUGAGGCCUUGGUUAGCCUCACCAAAUGCGACGGCUCUCAAAGGUCCAGACCUUACAGGAGUGCCAUCUGUCGGUCCCGUCUGCUAUGUGGCUGCCUGCGUGGGGGUGCACCACUCCUCUCGGGACCGCAUCGCGAUCAUUCGUGCCAGCUCACUGUACCACAGUACCAACUUUCGGCCCCUGCUGCUGGGAGAUCCUUCGCUGUGUCCACGGAGAAGCCUCCGCGCACGGCACGAUUGGUCCAGCAGCACAGCGCGUGCAGAGCCACACCAUUCAGCAAGCGAAUAGUCUUCUCCUUCCUGCACCUCUCGUAUGCAUCGGAGACCACCUGGUUGUUGCAGGGGUCUUGCCCCCACGCCUCUUUGCGUCCACGUGCAUGACGGAGGCUGGCUUUCCUGACGUGGCAGCUGCAGCUAGGACCUUGUCAGCACUUCUUUGUGCAGCUGGCAGAGGUGAAAUGGAAGAUGCGACGGCACAUAGCGCGAUGGUCAAGCUGAGCGGUGCUGCAGCUCAUCUUUGCUAUCACCGCGCUAAUAACAAUCUUGCAGAUUCUCUCAGCUGGUCUCAUAUGACUGGCAGGUUGGAUGCCACUUUCCCCACCUCGCCGUUCUGUGUCGGCGCAAGCUUGCUCGCAGCCUUCUCGGCUUUGCGCCCUUUUCUUCUCAAUGGCAUCACAGAUAUCAUGGCGCGUUUCCCCGCCGAAGAAGCUCUCAACCCUCUGCUUGUCUCCCUUUUCUCUCCUGAUCCUGUGCUCUGUUACAAUAUACAGCGAUUGGAAGCCAACGUCAACGUAUCCCGGCCGUCCCGUGCUCUCCACCGACCCUUGUCGCGGAUUCUGCCUUUUCGUUGUUUUGAUUUUGUGCAAGUGUUUCUGCUCGGACCUGCUUCCUGGAAAGCCUGUGGCGUGCCGCCGGGAUUGAUCCAGGAUGACCUUUCACACCCGUGAGGACAACGUGGACUCCAGGUACUACUUUUCUGCAUAUCGUUCAACGCAUGCUUCUGUUUCGAGCACAUCGUGUGAAGUCUAUGCUUUGUCUGCUUUUCGCGUGUUCCCGCUUUCAGGCCAGGCCAUCAUUCGGACACUGCCUGGCUCAUUUGAUGACCCCUGUCUCUCCGCAGCGCGAGUCCUCAGAUUCGCGACG